GAUGGGGAGAGGCUGUGGACUGGCCCAGAACCAGGAAUUGCCUUCCUCUGGCCCUUGAGUGCAGGUUCCUCCAGCCCAGCUGAGCCCCCGGUUCCUUGUCUGUGGGCCGGAGCAGUGAUACAUCUGGGUUCUCACAGGAUCCUUGUGAGUUUAGUGACCCCAGGAGUUCUCACCUUGUGCAUCUCAGUGAGAGAGGCCUGGCCUGAGGGAGGAGGUCCACUGCUCCCGGCCUGGAGGGGAAGAAGAGACAGGAAGCUCAACAGGCUGCUCAGCGGCUCCUGUCCCGUGUCCUGUCCUGCAAAGAGCACAGUCCUCCUAUCAGGUGGCGCGGAGGGGGCUGCACGGUGGCAGGAUCCUCUCAUCUCCCCUUGGGAACUGAAAAGCAGCCGCCUCAGCAUGGAGAGCCCUGCCGGCCGGACACCUGCCCCCGGGGCACUGCCUUACUACGUGGCCUUCUCCCAGCUGCUGGGCCUGACCGUGGUGGCCGUGACUGGCGCCUGGCUCGGUGCGUACCGAGGAGGCAUCGCCUGGGAGAGCGCCCUGCAGUUCAACGUGCACCCCCUCUGCAUGAUCAUAGGCCUGGUCUUCCUGCAGGGGGACGCCCUGCUGGUUUACCGCGUCUUCAGGAAUGAGGCCAAACGCACCACCAAAAUCCUGCAUGGGCUGCUGCACGUCUUGGCCUUCGUCAUCGCCCUGGUGGGCCUGGUGGCGGUGUUCGACUACCACAGGAAGAAGGGCAUCGCUGACCUGUACAGCCUGCACAGCUGGUGCGGCAUCCUGGUCUUCGUUCUCUUCCUCGCGCAGUGGCUCGUGGGCUUGGGCUUCUUCCUGUUCCCCGGAGCGUCGUUCUCUCUGCGGAGCCGCUACCGCCCGCAGCACGUCUUCUUCGGCGCCGCCAUCUUCCUCCUCUCGUGGGCACCCGCUCUGCUGGGCCUGAAGGAGGCGCUGCUGUUCCAGCUCGGGACCAAGUACAGCGCGUUCGAGUCCGAGGGCGUCCUGGCCAACGUGCUGGGCCUGCUGCUGGUCGCCUUCGGCGCGGUCGUGCUCUACAUCCUGACCCGCGCCGACUGGAAGCGGCCCCUCCAGGCGGAAGAGCAAGCGCUCUCCAUGGACUUCAAGACGCUGACUGAGGGCGACAGCCCCAGCUCCCAGUGACCGCCGAGCCGGGCAGAGGGGACGGGAGGCGGGGCCAGCCUUGCUCGGCGGCGGGGCCGGCCUUGCUCGCCGGGGCGCUGAGUUCCGGGGUUCGGGGCUCGGUCCCUCCGCCCACCGCUUCUUGCCGCUGCUGUCCUGAGUCCUGCGCAGACCCCCGCCACGUGUGUUCCCGCCACCCCCCUUGGAUGAAGCAGCUUUGGCCCGGGGUUUCGGAGAGAGGUGGGGGGCAGCGCCUCCUCGAGGCAGCGGCUGCGGGUUCCGCGGGGCCUGCGAAGCCAGGACUUGCUUUGUGUGAUGCUGACCUCAACCCAGGAGUCUUGUUGGCCUGGCGAACACGCGCUCCGCCUGGGCCCAGUCUUUGGCCGCGGUGCCAGUGAUAUUAUGUGUGAAAUAUGUUGGUGUUCAGGGCAAGGUUCCCCGCGAGAGGGGAGGGACUGGCCCCCAGGAAGAUGUGAUUUUUGGCCCAGCCGCGCUCUCGAGCCUUCCCUUUCUGCAUCCCUUUAGCCCCGGGGCGGCUUCGCCCGAGGGGACUUGGGGCGCCCUUGGCUGCUGAGGGCAGCUGCCAGAGGAGGAAGGAGAUGGUCCCCCGCAGGCUGUUGGGGACUCUUCUCCCGCGGGGGCCUCAGCUAGCAGCUCCCCACCCUCAGGCGCUCACUCAGGGCUGUUUUGACGGAGGCUGAGGGCACAGACCGUUUUGUUUUAGAUGAAACCCGGCCGCCCUCUCCCUUUCCCUUGUCAUGGGGACGGUGGGGGCUGCCGGCUUCUGUUCAGGAGGAAAGCUUCAUCCUGUCCUACCUGGCCCUGUCUUUGCAGGAAGUUGGACCAAGUCCGAAUCAGAUUAAUCCCCCUAACCCCUUAAGUGUGUAAUGGUGUUAGCUGAGUCACUCUUUGGCUUGAGUCUAGAAAUAACGUGAUUAGAGCAUCAAUCUUGUGCUCCUUGGACUUGGCGAAUGUUCUCUCCUUGUUUUCCGGGCUUUGAGGAGCAUGACACGGUUUAAGACAAAACACAGUUUACUUAAAUGAAGACAUUAAUAAAAUUUACAAAACUGACUAUUGUUCUUUUAACGGUUGCCUUUUCCAUACCGAAAUGCUUUCUUAGAGAAAAGGGCUUGUCUUCCCCUAAUGCUCAGAUUUCUAAAACUUGGCUUUUGUGGUGGGUCCUGCCCCAGGCAAUGCCGCUUCUCAGAGCAGGUGGACGUGGUCAGUGCCCUUCCCAGCAAGGGUGCCUGCCUCCACCUGUGGGCCCUCUGGCUCCACUGCAGCCCCUGCGUAAGGAUGUUUGUGCUCUGCAAUGGCAUCGACUCCAGUAAUUGUUUCAUCGCUUGGUAGUCAGUGUUUACACGUGGGAAAACUCCACCUUAGACAAACAUCCAGAGUACAAUUGUGUAUCUCCCUUGCCAGAAUGUCACGUAGUGACAUGGAACUUUGGCUUUGCAAUAGAAGUCGGUAAAGUGGCCUGUUUGCCAAAGCAUAUGCUGGAUGACUAAGGAGCCCAAAAGCAACCCCCCCCUGCAAGCUGAUCCGUGGUGGUUUAUUUUGCCUGUGGCUAAUCUUCUAUGAAGUACUGUUCUGUACCAAUGUAGUGUUGGUGCAACAGAUGAUUCAAUAAAUGUCUACAGCAGAUCUCUCAA